CCAAAACCACAGGAACUGCCCACUUGCUGGGGUCUAUUGUCCCAAGUCCAGGCACAGAGCCUGUCCUGUGGACCUCAACCUGUUGGUGUUGGCCAGAAGCCUCUUGCCACCCAGUGCCAGGAGGACUCCUUCCUCCACUAAGGAGCUCCUUUGAGUGACAAGACCUGACCAGGUGGCUGGACUUCCUGCUCAUGUGUCCCACCCACCCUGGGCUUCAGGAAAAAAAAAAAGCUCAGGUUAUAAAAGCUGUGUCUUUCCGGGAAGCUGGAGACAAAGACCAAGAGGGUUUCUGGACAGGCCAGUUCUUGCAGAGGUAAGGACAAGGAUGCCUACACGGGCAUUUCUCAAGUAGUUCUUGAGCACCUAUAACAAUCUGGUGAACUGGUGCCUAGAUUCUUAGUGGCAAUGGAUUUGAGUUCAAAUCCCAGCUCUGUCAGCUACUGCCUGUGUGACACUGGGCAAGUUACUUCUCUUCUCUGAGCCUCAGUUUCAUCAUCUAAAAUAGGCAAGAUAUCGAAUGAUCCCACAGUGUGGUGAUGAGGACUCGAUGAAGAGACGAAGCUUGUAAUGCUCUCAUCUCAGUCUGGUGCCUGCCCCAUAGUAAGGACUUAAGAAGAAGUCGGGGCUGGUACUGAUGAUUCAAGGCACGGGGCGGAAAGGGCUGGAAGACGUGUGUGAAGUGCUAAGGGCAGGGAAGGAGGAGAGACCUGAUUUGAGUGAGUUGAUUGAGAAAUGUGCCUGACAGAGGGACUCACUAAACGCUGGUUAGAUGAAUUUAACAUCAGCCUGGAAGCAAAGUAUGAAUAGCUAAUAUUACAAGUACAAACUUCGCAGUCUGAAAUUCACAUAUGCAAAUAAACAAAUUGGAUCACUGUUUUGAGCUCCUGUGCCACCAAGUGGCAAACAACUGGAUGUUGCCAAUUCUAGGUACCACCAGGAUUUUCUCCAGCACUCCAGGGUAGGCUCAACCACUUAGAAGGUCUCCUUUCCCCACCCAGGGGCAAUGGUUACACUUUGGGUGGCUUCUUCAUGGGCAUGGCAUGGGGGGCCGGCGAUGGCUCCUGGGUGGGCCCUGCUUAUGCCAGCAUCUGCCAUGGAGAUGUCUGCCUUGCAGUCCCAGGGGCUGCGCCCCCUAGUGGUGUGCCCUUGUCCACCCCAACAGCCCCCUGUCUGCAGACUCUGAGGCCCCAGCCAUACUCUUUUGGCCCUUGGGCAGGACUGAGGUUAGGCUGAUGGGAACCGGGAUACUGAUUGAAAUAAUACUGAAGUAUUUCCCUACUGGUUGGUAAAGAGCCGUGGUUUUGAACCCUCCCAGGUGCCUAUCCUACCAUCCCAGGCACUACAGCACCUCCCUGCGAAUCCCUACCCCCAGGACUCCUCAAGAUCCAGAAAAAACAGGGUUAAAAGGGAGUAAUGCAUCUUUUAACAGCUCACAAUAUUGUCCAGCCACUUUGACAGCUCUUGUUGCUCACUGCUUGCUAAACGCUUUGUGCGUAUUGUUGAAUGUAUUCCUCACCUCGACCUAUGACUGUCGCCACUUUACAGAUGAAAAAACUGAGGCAUGGAGAGGUCGAAUAACUUGCUAAGGGUCACACAGCCAGGCAGUGGCAGAGCCCUGAUUUGAAGCAAGCCCCCGAUGAGUCAGGUGUUCCAGGCACAGAGGGACCCACAUACACAAAUAUGUGGUGAUGUGAAGUGCAGGCUGCAGACAAGGACUAGCAGAUUUGGAGCUGCGGGAAGACUCGAGGGAAGAAAAGCAGAGAAGUGGUUCUAGGAGUCGUAGACCUGGGAGACACAAGGCGCUGGUUCCCCGGGCAAGGACAUCAAGGUGGCCCCUGCUGUUCCCAGCUCUGUGUCCACAGGUCCUGGCCAAGAAAAUGCUGCCGCUCUGGGGGUGGUUGCUGUGCUGGGGGCUGCUGCCCCAGGCCCGAGGGGAGGCCCAGCACCUGCUUUUCCUGCGGAUCAGCAAGGGUCAGCUAGAAACAGAUAUUUCAGACCUGUUCUUGGAGCACCGCGUCCUAGACCGUGUGGUCAAGAUGCCUGUGACGGGAGCCACGAGUGAUGGAGUCAGUGUCCUGGACCACCUGCCCUUUGUCAAGGAAAGCCUGUCCAAGAGCAGUGGUUUUGACCUGUCGCUCAUCGGGGACCUGCUCUUGGGGAAGAAACUCCUGCUGCUGGGGGAGCUGAUCAGGGCAGGCGGGUUGGUCAUAGAAGAUGCCAAAGGCCCCGAGGUCAUCCUGCAAAUCCUGAGCGACAGCCUGCUGCAGGUCACGUUGCGCAGCAAACUGUACCUCUCGCUCCAGGGGAUCCUUCGGCUCAGAGUCAUCAAGAACAUCCGCAUUGGGGUACGGCUAGAACAGACAGGGAACAAGACCAAGGUGGCCCUUGAGGAGUGCAACACCCCACCAGGAUACCUAAGCAUCGAAGUUCUGGAGAAAAUGAACCCUCUCCUGGUGAAUGCAGCUCUGGAGUUGGUGACGAAAAUCUUGGAUGAGAUGUUGCCCUUCCUCCUGCAGAAGAUGGUGUGCCCCCUGGCCACGACCCUGCUUAACUCGAUGCUAGAAGACCUGCUGCACCUCUCUCUACCCCCAACCACCUCGGGCCCAGAUGACUUCCAGUACUACGUCACCACCACAGAGCUCACAGAUGAGGCCGUCAUGAUGAAAGUACAGCUUGUGACCCCGUGUGGCCCACACCAGAGAGCCCCACAACCUGACCACCUGCCUCCCCAGCCCCUUCCAAAAUUAGCCCAGGGCAGCAUGGCAGACCUGGCCUUUUGGAAGGAAGUCUACAAUGAUAUCCUGUCCUGCCUCUAUACCACUGAAGUGAUCCGUGUGAACCCGCAGGACUCCAUGGCUGCUGAACUCAUUCAGCUGUUGCUGAGAGAGCUGGAGCCAGAGCCCAAGGCUUCUACUUGGUCCAGAGCAAGCAUGGGACUCACCAUCAGCACCCCUGAUCCUCCCACCAUCCUCCUGGACAACCAUAUGGCCACGGUCACCCAGCCAGGCUCACUGGUGCUCCUGGGGCCCUGCAACAACUCCUCUGCUUCCGUUUCCUGGAAACUGCAUUCGGAGGCUAUGUUUUCCUCAAGAAACCGGAAAUUAAGUAUCCAAUUCAAUCCAAACAGUGCCACGAUCACCCUGGGCUCCUACCCCGCUGACCUUGUGAAGCAGGAAGAACAUCUGAAGGCCUCUCUCUCAGAGCUUCUGAAGAGGGUAUUCUUGGCCCAGUACAACGAGCGCCUCAGAAAACAAGACCUCCCACUGCCCAACAUCAAGGGCAUCUCCUUCGACCAGGCCCACGUGGACUCCUCUGAAGAUUACAUGCUGCUGACCGUCCCGGAGGAGUAGCCAGUUCUUACCAAGGGCCAGCCUGCCCCGCUCAGCCGCAACUGCUCUGGACCCUUGAGAGUCCAAGGAAUGACUACAGUCAUGAUGGAAAAUCCCAGUUGCAAUAAAGAUGAUUCUUGCUUGGGAAGGAGUCUGGUUCUGAGUUUGCUAACGGGUUCUAUAAGGUGGGAAUGCUGUUUAUCUCCCUGAUAUUUCCUGUUUGCCUUUGGCCCCUAAGAGAAGUAUGCUGAGUUCUGAAUUCAGUGCCUCCAGCAAGAGACAUUCCUGCUGGAAGCAGAGAAAAGGCAUGUGAGUUUCUAAAGUCCAGGACACAGGGGGCAUCAGCACAGCCAGGAAAUUCUCCCUGGUCUACAGGGAGGAAGAAGAGGGAGGCAGGAAAGAGGAGAAGUUUCUUUCUUUCCCUCAGAAAGUGGGAACCAUAGAGGCCCCAGAGAUAUGCAGGAGCCCUGAGUGCAGAGGAAAGGGGCUCAGGAAGGUGACUGGUCCCCCAGGCUGAGAGUCAAGGUGGGUGAGUGUGAGGUGGCUAGGUGUGGCGGGUGGCAAAGUGUUUUUCAUUGCCCUCAUGGAGAAGGGUCUGGGACAGCUUGCCCCUAGCCCCACGCCUGAACUUCCCAGUGAGCAGAGAAAGACAGAGUAGCAGAGGGCCUCAAAGUCGGACAUGUGAACAGCUCCUGGUUGCCAGGGUGAAGAGAUGGCAAAGC